UCUCAGCGGUUGAGCAGUUAUUGGGUCCCUGGGGAUGAUUAAGGAGAGGUCCAACCUUGGAAACUUGGGCUGCCGUUUCUCUUGAGCUACAAGAACCGUUUUAAUUCCUCAUCAGCAUCCGAAGAGUGACACAGCCAUCAUUCGGGAUCAACGGGGCCACCAUGACAACUAUGGCAAAGGAUGCCGAAAGGACUUACCUUGUGAAUGACAGAGGUGGCAAGAGGUACACCAUAGAUCUUCCCAGGAAUAAUCCACACAAAGCGAACAGCAGUGAGAAAUCAGGAAACGUUGUGCCGGUUUCAAGGUAUCACUGCCAUAACCACUCAGAAGCCUAUGAGGAGAGAAAGGGAGAGGAGCGACAAGCCAAGAAGAAGCUUUACCUGGCAUCGGUAAUUUGCUGCGUCUUCAUGAUAGCAGAAGUCGUAGGUGGACACAUUGCAGGGAGUCUUGCUGUGAUGAUGGAUGCAUCCCAUGUAAUGGUGGACCUGAUGAGCUUUCUGAUCAGCCUCUUUUCUCUGUGGCUGUCAUCUAAACCACCCAGUAAGAAAUUCACCUAUGGAUGGCACAGAGCAGAAAUCCUUGGAGCUUUCCUGUCAACGAUCGUCAUCUGGGUGGUGACCGGCAUAUUGACAUUUUUAGCCGUCAUGAGGCUGUUGCACCCACAUUACGAAAUUGAAAGUACAGUCAUGCUCAUUACGUCUGCCUGCGCAGUAAUAGCCAACAUAAUAUUAGGCCUGACCCUGCACCCAAAGGGGAAGGAGCAUCUUCACCACGGCCACAAAGCCCAUCACCACAGACCUUCGGAUGCAGAGCAAGUGUUAACCAAUGCCAGCAUAAGAGCCGCUUUUGUCCACGCCAUCGGAGAUCUGUUUCAGAGCCUUAGCGUGCUAAUCAGUGCGCUUAUAAUCUUCUUUAAGCCAGAAUACAAAAUAGCCGACCCUAUCUGCACAUUUGUAUUUUCUGUACUUAUUCUGGCAACAACCUUCACUAUUUUACGGGACAUUUUACUUGUGUUGAUGGAAGGGUCCCCGGGGGCACUUCCCUAUGAUGAGGUGAAAGAGAGAAUUCUAGCAAUAGAAAAAGUGGAGUCUGUUCACAGCCUUCAUAUUUGGUGUCUGACAAUGAACCAGAUACUCCUAACAGCUCACAUCGUCACAGUGGAUGCUGCAGACAAACAACAGAUUUUGAAUAAAAUUACUGACGUUCUAUUUGACACUCACCAUUUCUACGCGGUCACCCUUCAAAUUGAAGCCAAAGCAGACCAGAAACCAGGCUGUGUUUUCUGUCAAGACCCAAGAGACUGAAGUUAUUGGGUUGCACGAAUAAUCAGUCAUUUGAUGGGUCCAUGGCUACUAAACGAGAUGGAUUAAUAGGCUUUGCUUUGGCCCCCCGUCAAACUGCAUUGGAAACACAAUGGCCUAAGCAUUGUUAAGAUUGCAGAACGCACGAUUAGGGAUCAGUGAUUUAAUCCAUUUCCUCUCCUUACAACUUUUGUGUAUGUUCACCCAUAAGUCCUUUCCAUUCUGUUUCCAUAUUAAUCUGCUUCUUUAUUUAAAAAAAGUCUGCAAUUAUGUAUUUAGAUUACAUUUUGAAAUGUAUUUUCUCAUAAAUAAGCAUUUAAAAAUGUGUUUUCUCUCCAAAUAUGUGUGGCUUUCUUCUGUUCUGUUUUCUUGUGCUGAGUAUU